CUUCUCACCUACCAUACAAAGUUUCCUAUUUUUCUCUCCAUAAAACCCCUCAAUUUCUCAAGCACCAAUCAUCUUUUAAAGUUCAAAUUCCCAAGUCCAAUUUCUCCUAGCAAAUAUGAUGAGUUAUUUUGUUUUCUCUCUUUCCCUCUUAGCAAUUUUACUCCAUUCUUGCACCCUCACCCUCGGUCAAAAUCCUGCCUCUGCUCCCGCUCCAUCGGGUCCCACCAAUAUAACGAAAAUACUCGAAAAAGCCGGUCAGUUCACCACAUUUAUCAGGCUCUUAAGAACUACUCAAGCCGGUGAUCAGAUCAAUACACAAUUGAAUAAUUCGAAACAAGGAAUGACUGUUUUUGCACCUACUGAUAAUGCAUUUUCGAGCUUAAAAGCGGGAACUCUCAAUUCUCUAAGUUCUCAACAACAAGUUCAGUUGGUGCAAUUUCAUGUACUUCCUAGUUUUAUUUCAGUUUCACAGUUUCAAACUGUGAGUAAUCCAUUGAGGACUCAAGCUGGAGACACUAGUCCCGGUGAUUUCCCAUUAAAUGUAACGACUUCCGGGAAUCAAGUGAAUGUGUCCACCGGAAUUGUAGAUGCUACUGUGGGUAAUACUAUAUAUACUGACGGUGAGCUCGCGGUUUAUCAGGUGGAUAAAGUUCUUCAGCCAUUGAGUAUCUUUGCUUCUCCGUCGCCGGCGACAGCACCGGCACCGGCGACUCCGGAAACGUCGAAUCUGAAGAAGAAGUCUCCGGCGGCGUUGAGUCCAAGCUCCGGGAGCGAUGAUACGCCGGCGGAUAAAUCGGGUGCUGAUAGCGUGAACGGCGUGGCGGUGUUGGGAAUUGGGGCUUUCUGUUUUGCGUUUUGGUUGUGACGUUAGAAUUUUUUGACGGUUGUGAUUGGUCAUGAAUCAUAUUUGUUUGGAAGAGAUUAUGGGUUGCAGGUUUGGAUUCGACGGUUGUGAUCGUCUGUGAUUUCCCUCAAUUUGAAUAAUUGUGUUUCUUUAUUGUUCCCUCCUUUUUCAUUUCAUGUCUUUUCAAUUUGGAUUUUCAACUGUAAGAUAUGAAUCAAAUUUUGAAGUGGUGUGCAUUUAUAUGUUUUUCAAUCGUCA